AUGAAGCCUCGAUUUUCUCCAUUUGCAGGUGCCAUCUGGGUAUACCCUGUGAUGUCGGCGUGCAGCUCAAGGAUCCGGGUCUUCCUGGGGGAUGAUGCGGAUGGAUUAGAUCUGUGGCAGAGCAUACCAAGGAGGAAACAGCUGUGGCUGCCGCGGCACUCACAGCGGGCAAGGGAAGGGGAGCGGGGCCAGCCGCUGACACCGGGCCCGCCCCAGCCCCCGUGGGGCUGGAGCCCGCCUGCAGCGCUGCGGCACCGGCCGCCGGGGACCACUCAAAGGGCUCUGCGGCACGCACGCAUCCCGGCAAAGCCUGACCGCCCGGGAUCGAUUCGGGCGGAGACUGCAGCAGCAGCUCAGCCGCCGCCGGGGCCGUCCCACCUGCCGCCGACAACCCGGCGGAGCCGGCCGCUGCCGCAGCUAGCGCGGGGAGAGGAGGGUCUGGAACCGCCCCCAGAAGGGUCCCAGCGGGAGGGCGGACACCCACAGCAGGCACAGCCGUCCCCGCGCGGAGCGGGGCUGUCCACCCGCCCGCCGGGGCGGGGUCCAGCGAAAAACGGACCGGGGCCCCACCUCCGGCAGCGUCCACGCCCUGCGCACCCACAACAGGUGGGGCGGGCGGAAAAGUGGCCAGCGCACCACCCCCCGGGGCCAGCCCAGAUGUUGGAGCGGGCUGUGCCGCUCCAGCAGGCUUCACCGGAUAUUGGUGGGCGUCACUUUGCUUCACUCUCAGACCUGAUCGGCUAUUACAGUCAUGUGUCCUGCUUGCUGAAAGGGGAAAAGCUCUUAUUUCCAGUAGCACCUCCAGAGCCUGUGGAAGACAGAAGGCGAGUUCGAGCAAUUCUACCUUACACCAAAGUGCCAGAAACCAAUGAAAUAAGUUUCCUUAAAGGAGACAUGUUUAUUGUCCAUAACAAGUUGGAAGAUGGCUGGAUGUGGGUUACGAACAUACAGACAGAUGAACAAGGUCUCAUUGUGGAAGACCUGGUAGAAGAAGUGGGAAGAGAAGAAGAUCCCCAUGAAGGCAAAAUAUGGUUCCAUGGGAAGAUCCCCAAACAAGAAGCUUACAACUUGCUGAUGACAGUUGGUCAGGUGUGCAGUUUUCUUGUGAGGCCUUCAGAUAAUACCCCUCGUGAUUAUUCACUUUAUUUCCGGACCAGUGAAAAUAUUCAGCGUUUUAAAAUAUAUCCAGCAUCAAACAAUCAGUUUAUGAUGGGAGGCAGAUACUAUAAUAGGGUUGCUGACAUCAUUGAGCACUACAGAAAAGAACAGAUUGUUGAAGGAUGUUACUUAAAAGAUCCUGUUCCAAUGCAGCGCCAAGAACAAGUGCUUAAUGAUACAGUGGAUGGAAAAGAAAUCUACAACACAAUUCAUCAGAAAACAAAGGAUGCUUUUUAUAAAAAUAUUGUCAAAAAAGGUUAUCUUCUAAAAAAAGUGAGUAAAGGAAAAAGAUGGAAAAACUUGUACUUUAUAUUAGAGGGAAAUGAUGCCCAACUUAUUUAUUUUGAAAGUGAAAAACGAGCCACAAAACCCAAAGGACUAAUAGGCCUUAGCGUCUGUUCUGUCUGUGGAGUACAUGACAGUUUAUUUGGCAGGCCAAACUCUUUUCAGAUAGUAGUUCAGCACUUUAGUGAAGAGCAUUACAUCUUUUACUUUGCAGGUGAAACUCCAGAACAAGCACAGGACUGGAUGAAAGCUCUGCAGCUGUUUUGCAGUUUAAGAAAAACCAGUCCAGGAACAUCAAAUAAACGUCUGCGUCAGGUCAGCAGUCUCAUUUUGCAUGUAGAAGAAGCUCAAGCGCUCCCAGUAAAGCAUUUUACAAAUCCGUAUUGUAAUAUCUACCUAAACAUUGUCCAGGUAGCAAAAACACACAUCAGGGAAGGACAUAAUCCUGUAUGGUCUGAAGAAUUUGUCUUUGAUGAUCUUUUAUCUGAUAUUAAUAGAUUUGAGAUAAGUCUUAGUAAUGAAACAAAGAAAAGUAAAGAUCCAGAUAUAUUGUUUAUGCGUUGCCAAUCAAGCCGGUUACAAAAAGGACAUGCAACAGAUGAGUGGUUUCAACUCGGUUCCCAUGUACCAUUAAAGGGUAUUGAGCCAGGAUCUUUGUGUGUUCGAGCAUGAUAUUCCAUGGAGAAGAUCAUGCCAGAAGAAGAAUACAAUGAGUUUAAAGAGCUUAUACUCCAGAAAGAACUUCAUGUAGUCUAUGCCUUAUCACAUGUUUGUGGACAGGAUAGAACACUGUUGGCUGGCAUUUUACUGAAGAUUUUUCUUCAUGAAAAGCUUGAGUCCUUGUUGUUACGAACACUAAAUGACAGGGAGGUAAGUAUGGAAGAUGAAGCUACCACCUUGUUCCGUGCCACCACUUUAGCAAGCACACUUAUGGAGCAGUAUAUGAAAGCCACAACAACAAGUUUUGUUCAUCAUGCGCUGAAAGACUCCAUAUUAAAGAUAAUGGAGAGCAAGCAGUCCUGUGAGUUAAAUCCCUCGAAGUGAAAAAAUGAAGAUGUAAACACUAAUUUGGCACAUCUACUCAGUAUACUUUCAGAAUUGGUGGAGAAGAUAUUCAUGGCUGCAGAGAUACUACCCCCGAUAUUGAGGUAUAUUUAUGGGUGCCUACAGAAGUCUGUUCAAAACAAAUGGCCAGCUAAUACUACCAUGAGAACCAGAGCUGUUAGUGGCUUUGUUUUUCUUCAACUGAUUUGUCCUGCUAUCCGGAACCCAAGGAUGUUUAAUAUCAUCUCAGAUUCUCCUUCCCCCACUGCUGCAAGAACACUGACACUGGUCGCCAAGUCUGUGCAGAAUUUAGCAAAUCUGGUUGAAUUUGGAGCUAAGGAGCGAUAUAUGGAAGGGGUAAAUCCAUUCAUCAAGAGCAAUAAACAUCGCAUGAUCAUGUUCUUGGAUGAACUUGGGAAUGUUCCCGAGCUUCCAGACACUGCCGACCUCUCUCGAACUGACCUGUCCCGUGACCUGGCGGCCUCGCACGAGAUCUGCGUGGCACACUCAGAUGAGCUUCAGACACUCAGCAACGAGCGAGGGGUGAUGCGGCACAUUCUUAAGAAGCUUUUGGCCAUUACUGAACUGCUACAACAAAUACAAAAUCAGUAUUCAGUGUCUAACAACAUCAGGUAG